AUGUUUGGCCACUUUUCAGAUGAGGGCAUUUUUCUGAAAAGUAUGUUUUUUUUUCGUUAUAAACUUAAUUUUCAUAUUUGCAUUGAUUUCUCUCUCUCUCUCUCUCUCUCUCUCUAUCUAUCUAUAUCUCCUGCUGAGCCUGAUGAAUCUUCAGAUUCAGAGCCUUCUCCAGUUCCAGUUCCAAGAUCAAAACCGAAAAAACAAGGAACCAAUCUCUGCUCACAGAUUUUUUCCUGGGGAUGGAAGAUUGCUGUUAUAGUUCUUGUUGCACCACCAUUUCUAAACUAUGCAUCUCUGAAAAAUGAAGAAAUCCACUUGCAACCAGAAGGUCAGAUGUAUGAUAUAGGAUGGGGUCAGAGGUUAUUUAUGAUGUGCAGAGGUGAAGGUCCUCCAACUGUGAUAUUAGAUGCACCGACUGGAAUGUCAUCAGAUGUUUGGACCCUUGUGUGGCCCAAAAUAUCUAAUGUGACACGGUGGCUUUUUCUCCCCUUUUCUUCUCACUCUGUUCCCUUUUCUUCUCUUUUUGUUCCCUUUUCUUUUUUUUCUUUUGUUCCUUUUCUUCUCUUUUCUGUUCCCUUUUUCUUUUCUUUUUGUUCCUUUUCUUUUCCCUUUUUUUUUUUUUUUUUUUUUUCCCUUUUCCCUUUUUCUUUUCUUUUUGUUCCCUUUUCUUUUCUUUUUGUUCCCUUUUUUUGUUCCCUUUUCUUCUCUUUUUGUUCUUUUUCUUCUCACUCUGUUCCCUUUUCUUCUCACUCUGUUCCCUUUCUUUUCUUUUUGUUCCCUUUUCUUUUCUUUUUGUUCUUUUUCUCUUUUCCCUUUUGUUUCCCUUUUCUUUUUCUUCCUUUUGUUCCUUUUCUUUUCUUUUCCCUUUUCUUUUCUUUUUUGUUCCCUUUUCUUUUCCUUUUCUUCUCACUGUUUCCUUUCUUUCUUUUUCCCUUUUCUUUUUUUUUUGUUCCUUUUUCCCUUUUGUUCCCUUUUCUUUUCUUUUUGUUCUUUUCUUCUCUUUUUGUUCUUUUUCUUCUCACUCUGUUCCCUUUCUUUUCUUUUUGUUCCCUUUUCUUUUCUUUUUGUUCUUUUUCUUCUCACUCUGUUCCCUUUUCUUUUCUUUUUGUUCCCUUUUCUUUUCUUUUUGUUCCCUUUUCUUCUCUUUUUGUUCUUUUUCUUCUCACUGUGUUUCCUUUCUUUUCUUUUUGUUCCCUUUUCUUUUCUUUUUGUUCCCUUUUCUUUUCUUUUUGUUCCCUUUUCUUCUCCUUUUCCCUUUUUUUCUUUUUUUUUCCUUUUUUUUUGUUCCCUUUUCUUCUCACUCUGUUCCCUUUUUUCUUUUUGUUCCCUUUUCUUCUCUUUUUUUUUUUUUCCUUUUCUUUUUUCUUUUCUUUUUUUUUUUCUUUUCUUUUUCUUCUUCUCCUUUUCUGUUCCCUUUUCUUCUCACUCUGUUCCCUUUCUUUUCUUUUUUUGUUCCUUUUCUUCUCUUUUUGUUCUUUUCUUCUCCUUCCUUUUCUUCCUUUUUUGUUCUUUUCUUUUGUUCCCUUUUCUUUUCUUUUUGUCUUCCUUUUCUUUUUUUUUUUUCUUUUCUUUUUUUCCUUUUGUUUUUUUCUUCUCACUUUUUUUUCUUUCCUCCCUUUUCUUUUCUUUUUGUUCCCUUUUCUUUUCUUUUUUGUUCCUUUUUUCUUUUUCUCCUUUUGUUCUUUUUUUUUCUCCCUUUUCUUCUUUUUGUUUUUUUUCUUCACUCUGUUCCCUUUUCUUUUCUUUUUUUGUUCCCUUUUCCUUUUCUUUUGUUCUUUUUUUUCUUCUGUUUCCUUUUCUUUUUUGUUCCCUUUUCUUUUUUUUUGUUUCCUUUUCUUCUCUUUUCUUUCUUUUUCUUUUUCUCACUCUGUUCCCUUUUCUUUUCUUUUUUGUUUUUUCUUUUCUUUUUUUUUUUUUUCUCCCUUUUCUUUUUCUUCUCACUCUGUUCCUUUUUUUUUUUUUUGUUCCCUUUUUUUCUUUUUCUUCUCACUCUGUUUCCUUUUCUUUUCUUUUGUUCCCUUUUCUUUUCUUUUUUGUUCCUUUUCUUUUUUUUUGUUCCUUUCUUUUCCUUUUGUUCCUUUUGUUCCCUUUUCUUUUCUUUUUGUUCUUUUUCUUCUCACUCUGUUCCCUUUUCUUCUCACUCUGUUCCCUUUCUUUUCUUUUUGUUCCCUUUUCUUUUCUUUUUGUUCUUUUUCCUCACUUUUUUUCUUUUCUUUUUUUGUUCCCUUUUCUUCUUUUUUUGUUCUUUUCUUCUCUUUUCUUUUUUUGUUCCCUUUUUUUUCUUCUCCUCUUCUCUUUUUUUCUUUCUUUUCUUUUGUUUCCCUUUUUUUCUUUUUUUGUUUCUUUUUGUUCCUUUUUCUUUUUGUUCCUUUUCUUUUUUGUUCUUUUUCUCUGUUCCCUUUUUUUCUUUUCCCUUUUUUUUUCUUUUUUGUUCCCUUUUCUUUUCUUUUUUUUCCUUUUUCUUUUUUUUUGUUCUUUUGUUCUUUUCUUCUCACUCUUUCCCUUUCUUUUUCUUUUUUGUUCCCUUUUCUUUUCUUUUUUUGUUCUUUUCUUCUCACUUUUUUUUUUUUUUGUUUUUCUUUUUUUUGUUCUUUUUCUUCUCACUCCCUUUUCUUUUCUUUUUGUUCCCUUUUCUUUUCUUUUUUUUCUUCUCACCUUUUCUUUUCUUUUUGUUUUGUUCCCUUUUCUUUUCUUUUUUUUCCUUUUCUUUUUGUUCUUUUCUUUUCUUUUUUCCCUUUUCCUUUUUUUCUCUUUUUUUCUUCUUUUCCUUUCUUUUCUUUUGUUCCUUUUCUUUUCUUUUUGUUCCUUUUCUUUUCUUUUGUUCCCUUUUUUUUUUCCCUUUUCUUCUCUUUUUGUUCCUUUUUUCUUUUUUGUUCUUUUUUCUUCUUUGUUCUUUUUCUUCCUUUUCUUUUCUUUUUUUUUUUCCUUUUUCUUCUUUUUUUUUUGUUCUUUUUUUCUUCUUUUUCUUUUUUUUUGUUCCCUUUUCUUUCUUUUUCUUCUCACUUUUUGUUCCCUUUUCUUUUCUUUUUGUUCCCUUUUCUUCUCUUUUUGUUCUUUUUCUUCUCACUCUGUUCCCUUUCUUUUCUUUUUGUUCCCUUUUCUUUUCUUUUUGUUCCCUUUUCUUCUCACUCUGUUCCUUUUCUUCAUUUUUAUUCUUUCUAUAAAACUUUUAUGACUAAGGUCUGUAUCUAUGAUCGUGCAGGUUUAGGAUACAGUGAUCGUCCAAAAGAGAAUUUUACUGCAAAUGAUGGUGUUGAAGGGAAAUCAAAUUACCGUAACCGUUGGCAGCCAUUUACAGUGGAAAGAAUGGCUGAUGACAUGAGACAUUUGCUGACACUUAGCAGUCAGCAGCCGAAACCUUUUAUUUUGGUUGGUUCUGAACUCAGUGCUUUAGCUGCUUAUUUCUAUGCUCAAAUGCAUGAACAGGACAUUGCCGGUCUUGUGAUGAUCAAUCCAAUAUCAGAUGACCUUUUUGAGAGCGAAGAUCAACUUUGGUCUCAGUAUUGGUUUCAAAAAAUAAUUCCUGACCUGCAACUUCUUCAGUUUGGUGCCUCCCUAGGAAUCUCAAGACUUGCCAUCCAUUUUGGACUUCUUGAACAACCUUUGAGAGAAGAAACAAUUUCAGAUGUCAUCAAAAAUAGACAAAAAUUUCUUCUCUGCCAUCCGAAACAUUUAAGUUCAGCUGUUGAUGAACACCAUUUUGUAAAUGAGUCAAUUGCCCAAAUACGAUUGGCUCGAAUAAUGAAAAAUCUUCCUAAAAAUAUGACUCUGACAGUAAUUUCUGGAAAUAUGUAUGAUACAAGUUUAUCAUGGCAGUUAAAUGAGGCAUGGGUCCGAGGUGAACGAAUGCUAAUCCAGAAAUUCUUCAGUCGUGCAAAUCACAUAAUAGUGAAUGAUGCUGAUCAUCAUAUGAUCUACAAACAGCCAUCUGCUGUCAUCAAGCCAAUUAUUGAAGUCACCUAUCCCUUUCUUUCUUUCUUUCACUCUAUCCCCUUCUUUCUUUCUUUCACUCUAUCCCCUUCUUUCUUUCUUUCACUCUAUCCCCUUCUUUCUUUCUUUUUCCUCCCUUUCUUUCUUUUUCUCUCUCUUUCUUUUUCUUUCUCUUUCUUUUUCUUUCUUUUUCUUUUCUCAUAG